GAUCCUCGUCCCGACUCUGACUUGCUCACCCAGAGCAGCUGUUACCUUUCUGCCUCCACCUUGUCCAGCCGCCACCAUGAGCCAGUCCUACUCCUCCAGCCAACGGCUUUCCUCUUACCGCCGUACCUUUGGUGGGGCUGGGGCUGGGUCAGCCUCGCCUUCCUUCCCGCGUGCCUCCUUUGGCAGCAAGGGCUCCUCUGCUAGCUCAGUCUCCUCUCGGGUCUACCAAGUGUCCCGAAGCGCUGCGCCACCCAGCCUAUCCAGCUUCCGAGCCAGCUACUCGGCCCCGCUGCGCUCAGCCUACCAUGGUGCUGGCGAGGUCCUGGACUUCUCCCUGGCUGAUGCCAUGAAUCAGGAGUUCCUGCAGACGCGGACCAACGAGAAGGUGGAGCUGCAGGAGCUCAACGAUCGCUUCGCCAACUACAUUGAGAAGGUGCGGUACCUGGAGCAGCAGAAUGCCAUCAUGGUGGCUGAAGUCAACCGGCUCAAGGGCAAGGAGCCCACACGGAUCGCCGAGAUCUACGAAGAGGAGUUGAGGGAGCUGCGGCGUCAGGUGGAGCUGCUGACCAGCCAGCGGGCCCGUGUCGACGUGGAGAGGGACAACCUGCUCGAUGACCUCCAGAAGCUGAAGCAGAGGCUGCAGGAGGAAAUUCUUCUCAAGGAGGAAGCAGAGAACAACUUAGCCGCUUUCAGAGCUGAUGUCGAUGCAGCCACCCUGGCCCGUAUUGACUUGGAGAGGCGUAUUGAAUCCUUGCAGGAAGAAAUUGCAUUCCUCAAAAAGGUUCAUGAGGAGGAAAUCCGAGAGCUGCAAUCACAGCUGCAAGAGCAGCAAGUCCAGGUGGAGAUGGACAUAUCGAAGCCAGACCUGACAGCAGCACUGCGUGAUAUCCGUGCCCAAUAUGAGACCAUUGCUGCAAAGAACAUCACAGAGGCUGAGGAAUGGUACAAGUCUAAGGUGACUGACCUGACCCAGGCAGCAAAUAAGAACAACGAUGCACUGCGCCAAGCCAAGCAAGAGAUGAUGGAAUACCGACACCAGAUCCAGUCAUUCACUUGUGAGAUUGAUGCACUCAAGGGCACGAAUGACUCCUUGAUGAGGCAGAUGAGGGAGAUGGAGGAACGCUUUGCUGGCGAGGCUAGCACCUACCAGGACACUAUCCAGCGGCUUGAAGAGGAGAUCCGACACUUGAAAGAUGAGAUGGCCCGGCACCUGCGCGAGUACCAGGACCUGCUCAAUGUCAAGAUGGCGCUUGAUGUCGAGAUUGCCACUUACCGCAAGCUGCUGGAGGGUGAAGAGAGCCGAAUUUCACUGCCAAUCCAGACUUUUUCUGCAAUCAACUUCCGAGAAACCAGUCCAGAGCAGCGAGGCUCUGAGGUCCACACCAAGAAAACAGUGACCAUCAAAACCAUUGAGACACGUGAUGGGGAGGUGGUCAGUGAAGCCCUGCAGCAGCAACAUGAAAUGCUGUAGGUCCCGUUGUCCCCAGAGAGGCAACUGGCCGGUUUCAACCCUCUCCCUCCUGUGCGCAAAAACCCAGGGGUUGCUGGCUCCCCCCCACUCUCCUGCACACCCAAUCUGUGACAGCGCCAC